AUGGCCAAGCCUCGUGACGAGAAUAAGACCGCCAUCAUCCGACGACUGCGCUCGCGCUUGGACCGCAAGACGCUCGGCGCCAGCGCCGAGGCCGACGCGCGACUGCGCGCGCAAGUCGACUUCUACGCCCGGCUGCGCAGCUCCAUCUUCGUCAACGGCGACUCGCUUGGCGUCACGGCCUUCGACGAUGUGGCCGUGGCCGUGCUGGCCGACGACACGCUGUUGCCCGCGGAGCUCGCGCGCACGGUGGUGCUGUUGCCAGCGCCCACCACGAUGGACACGGAGCCCGCGCCCGCGCACGACCUCUUCGCUGCUCAAGCUGUUCCUGCGCCCGCGACCAAGCGUCCGGCCGCUUCGAGCUCUGAUGACCAGAAGGCCCCCGCCGCCAAGAAGCAGCGCAAGAGCUCGCGCACCCCGCAGUGCAUGUUCGACUUGCCGGAUACCUGCCCCCGCGACGUUCAGCGAUACGUCGAGAAGCUGGUCAAGGCCGCCGCCAACCAGGGCAAGACCCCGCCACGAGCAGCGUACCCCUGGGCCGGGCAGCACGCCUGGUACGACCCGGAAGAGUUUCCGGAGCUCUACCUGAUGCACUGGCGCAACUACAUGCGCCACCGUGACACGUUCUUCAACUGUGCGCUGUACGCGCCAACGGACAACUCGGACGCUCGCCGCCGCGACAAGCUCAACGCGAACCAAGGCCGCCUCGUGCUGGUGAGUGCGAACGUCUGCCGCUUCGGCUGGUACGGCUUCCUCGACCGCUUCGAGAACACCGUUCACGACAAUCUCAUGUGGCUCGGAGGCAAGGCCGCCAAGCGUUCCGUGUCGGCCAAGGGCAAGGCCAGUUCGGCGACGGACCUCGUCACGCUGUGGCGCCACGACCGUUCCCGCUACGACAGCCUGAUGGCUCGCAUCCUGGAUCCGUGCCGCAUUGACGAAGACGGUUACCAGAGCAUCCGUGAGCUGCUGGAGCAGACGGAGGCUUUGGACCCGACUCGUCCCCCGCACCUUCGACUCAGCGACGAAGCUCUGGCUCGCAUCGCGCGCGACGCGGGCCGCAAGCCUCCCAACCCGGCCUGGAUCGGCAACAAGAGCAGCGGCAUCUGGAAGACGCUGCUGACGAACAACCGGAUCCGCGCGCUCCAGGUCAAGAUCGCCAAGCAGCUCAAGGAGGGCACGUACAGGGUCGUCAUGGACUUGAAGCCGUUCCAGCGCAAGGAGCAGGGCGACAACGACUCGGACUACGCCGACGACGACGACACGUUCACCGUGCAGCCGCCGUCUCCGCCCGUCGACGAGGAGCUCGAAGACGUCGAAGACGAUGAGUCCGAGGAGAAGCCGUCCACGCCGAGCUCCACGCAGGAAGACGAGCCCGACGACCAAGAGCAAGACGACGCCGAUCAAGAUAACUAA